UAGUGCGGUGUCUGCUAAGUGGGUUGUUAGUAGUAUUUUUUCUGCUUUUGCCUGAAAUCUAGUUGGUCGGUGUUACCUUGGACUCCCCCCAGCUUGUCCUAUUCAUGUGUGGAAUCUCAUUGUUGGUGUGGACAUCAUUCAAGCCGGUGUUCCAAAGCAACUGGAGGUUCCCACUUCAUUAGAGCUGUGAUUCGAACGUCUGGAGAGAGCGCAAGCACUACGUCUGGCUCUGACAGCUAUCGCCGAGAAGAUUUGGUGGAAAGGGCCGAAGACGGAACUAAAUUUCAGGGGAGAAGAAGCCAGAAAGAAUCUGCUUCAAGGAUGACACCUGUUACUCUGGCGCUCACAUGGUCUUUGCUCUCAAUAUGGACAGUAACUUCUGCUGUGCAGUUUGAAGAAAAAGAACUCAACGAGACCGUCAUUUGCAACAAUGAUCAGAUGCAAGUUAUCAUCCCUAGUGUGUUUUUUCUCAACAAAGAGCCGCCCGUUUACGUUUGGGAUUUGCAACUGAAUGAUCCUGACUGUCGAGGUGUUGAGGUUGGGAACGACUAUGUCUUCAGCAUCAAGGCGAACCUCACAGACUGUGGCACUAUUAUGGCAUCGGAUGAUACUCACAUCAUGUUCACCAACACGAUCCGUAACAACGAAACGGAUGUCAUCACCAGAAGCUACAUCAACAUCACAUUUGGGUGCCGAUACCCCAUAAACUACAUGGUCCAGCAGCAAAACGGGGAAAAUCUGAUCAGAGUGGAUGUCAGGACAAUCACUCUAAACACUGAGGAUGGAAAUUUCUCGGUCUCUAUGCUGCUCUAUAAAGAUGAAGAGUUUCAGGAUAAAUGGACCACUGUUCCUUCCCUCACACUUGAGGACAACAUCUAUGUCAAAGUUUACAUGGUUCCAGCAAAUCUGUUUCUGAGAGUGGAGAGAUGUUGGGCCACACCAACCAAAGACCCUUACAGCAACAUUCAAUACACCUUUAUCAGGGACAGCUGUCCAGUGUUAUGGAAUGACCAGACAUUAGCCGUGAUGAAGAACGGUCGAGGACCGGAAGCUCUGUUCAGGAUACAAAUGUUCAAGUUUGUUGGCAGCUCCUACACAGAUGUUUUCCUGCACUGCAAUGUCCAGAUCUGUCAUAACACAGAAGGAGUGUGCCAGCCUAACUGCUCUGCUGAAGAUGUAUCAGUACGGACACGCAGGGAUGUUGCAUCGUCUCACACGGUCUCGUACGGACCAAUCAGGAGGCUCAAAGCUAACAUGGACAAUACUAGUCUGAGUUCAGGUAUGCCCUCUGUCGAAACCUUUGUUUUGGCCGGUCUGCUGUUCGUCCUGAUUGUCAUCACAGGAGUUUUUGGGAAACUCUGGCUGCAGAGCAGAAACUCGUAUCCGACCCGAGAGGCCCAACUCACCCUCUCCAACAUCCACCAUAUCUCAGAGGUGGCCAGCUAACCUAGGAUCUCAUAUCCGCACAGUGCUGGAUGAAA